GUACGAAUGAGCUCAAUUUAGUCUGGAGAAUCAGAUCUGUUCACAAGUGCGUAUUACGAAACUGGAUAUUCAGUUUAAAAUCACACAGCUGUAGGAGACAGAGGCAUAGUCAAGAUAAUGGAAGUUGAUUGCAACCAGUGCGAUUCACCUAAAACUACUUUUGAAGACACUAUUGAUGCUGCAGAUGUUAAGGAUAUGAGGCUGGAGGCUGAGGCAGUGGUCAAUGAUGUUCUGUUUGCUGUAGCAGACAUGCAUGUGUCUAAAAUCCUCCAAAAUGCUGUGGAUGUGGCGUACAUCAAUGUGGAGAUUAAAGAAGGGAAUCGUUACUGUUUGGAGCUGACAGAGGCUGGACUCCGGGUAGUAGGAUAUACAUUUGACCAAGUGGAUGAGAGUACAAUAGCACAUUAUCAUGAGACGGUAUACUCCCUGUUGGAUUCCCUCAGUCCAGCCUACAGGGAAGCAUUUGGAAAUGCCCUGCUUCAGCGUUUGGAAAGACUAAAACAAAAUGGACAGUAGUAACAGUAACUGUCUCUUGAGCAUUUACUAUUCCAGACAGUUAAAGAGUAAUGGGUAUUCACUGUGGAUAUGAGAAGACAGACAAAAAUAUCAAGAAACUCCUCCAGGCCAACUGCUUAAAUUUUAUGUUAUGGUUUUACAGUUCAUCACUACCAUGACAGUCAAUAUCUUUUUGUUCUACAAAAAUAUUGUAUUUCAUUUAGCUGUGUGCAUUUUGGAUCAUUUACAUAAAUACACACCAGAUGUAGAAUUAAGGCCAGCAGUCUGGAAUAGCAAGAGCUAUUGUUCUUGCACAUUUUUGAAGGUGUAGCAGUCUUUUGCUCUCCUGUAUGCUUUGUGAGGCAAACCGCACUAAUUUUGGGGACUGACCUCAUGAAAAAUGUUGAUAUGCUUAUCUGUAUGCUAAACAGUGAUGUGCACAUUAAAACUGUUCUUUUUGCAUACAGAAAUAUGGCUUUGUAGUACUGAAAAAGAAACAUUUUAAUUUUGUGAACUGAUCAUCAGGAUAGAGUUGUACCAAAUAGUACAUUUUUUUUUUUUUUUAACGGAUAAUAAUUUUAUUGGGAUAUUUGCCUUAAAUUUGAUUCUAUUUUUUAAUGUUUGUGCUUUUAAGUUGUGUGUGAGAAAAAAAAUCUCUCUGUAUAUUAAAGCACAUAUCAAAAAGAGUGGCUUGAUCUUU